AUGAUCAAGUACAUGAAGGAGCACAAAAUGGACGCCUCCGCUGAGAAAGGCGAUUCAGAAAGCUCCAAUGCCGAUGGCGAACCAGGUGAUGCAAACAAAAAGAUUCGCGAGCAGCCCAGCGUCGUGAAUGAAACGCCUGAAGGCAGUAAGAUGGCCUCCAAGUCGCCUGACAGCAAAGCCUCGUCUCUCAAAGCCUCAUCAUCAAAAAUUACCUCAAAAAAGAGCAAGAGCAAGAUCAAAUCGGUGGAGUCCACUGGCGCAAAGGAUGCCAUCUCCAAAGCACCUUCCAAGUCCUCUACCAAACUAAAAAAGUCACGCUCCAAACAGUCACUCAAGUCUUCUAAAAGCAAAACUAAACGCAAGGUGAAAACCAUUCCUGACACUCAGAUGGCUUUGAAGCCGGUGGUCGUGCCUGGCAUGAAGGAGGAACAUGAGAUGACCUUUGACCAAAAGAAAGUGCAGUUCAUUCAGAUGCUGCUCAAGGCAAAUGUGAAGAAGCUCAAGGAGACGGAGGCCACCGAGCCCACAGAAGAGGGCAAAAAGCAGUUUAACUUGUACGACUUUAAAGACAAGAAGAAGCCCCUGGAUCGGAAGCCCCACUCUGCCAAGGCACUAUACCAGUGCCACCACAAGUCAUUUCCUGAUUUGCCUCUGGUAGUUAAAGUUUAUGACGCCAAUGAGCCGGCCUACGACCCUCAUCACUCGCACUACCUGAAGAUGCUUCGUCACCUGAGCAAGAAGCACCCGAACAUUGUUCAGACCUGGGACGUCAUUCACAAGGAUGACUCGGUGUACGUCUUUCAGGAGCUAGCUCCUUUCGGAAACUUGGUCGACUAUAUGAAGUCCAAGGGCGGCGCUGCUCUUCCCGAAAAAGAGGUUCAGCAGAUCGCCUGUCAGUUGCGCAUGGGAAUGGACUUUCUGGGUGACAUGGGCCUAGCGCACCGUUCACUCAUUCCCUGGCACAUUCUGGUGAUGCACAAGGAUAUGCGCAUCAAACUGACUGGAUUCCGCAAGGCGGUCAUCUACUACAACGAAAAAAAGAAUGACAUCAACUACCAGCCCUGCCGACCGCUGGAGAAGAAGAAGACCACUGGCAAUGACUACCACGCUCCUGAAUCGUAUGGCGACCACAAGAAGGAGUUUUACGAUGUUGUCGCUGCUGACGUCUGGUCGGCCGGAGCCACUCUAUUCCACGUUCUGACAAACAAAUUCCCAUACAACUGCUCCAAGAACAGUCCAAAGAUUGAGAACGAAAUUCAGCGAAACAUUCGCUCUCUGAAGGUCUCGGAUAACGCUAAAAGUUGUCUCGGCUUCAUGCUGACAACGGAUGCGACCAAGCGAAUCUCUGUGGAAAGUCUCAGCAGUCACCCUUGGUUUGUUCAGAAGUAG